GGAAGGUCCUUUGGGAUCAGCAUUCCUGAAGGCCUUUACCAGCAUAGGGUCUGUUGGGUGUCCCCUUGCUGUGUUGGCUGAACUCUCCAGCACAGAUUAGGAGGGGAUGGGGUGAGGCACUGCUUUGGGCAUGCUGGUGCCAUCCAGGUCCCCACUGCCACCCCUGCUGGUGCAAGCAGGAAACACCAGCUCAGCUUCUAAGUUUAUUGGCACUGUUGGCACCGAGGGGUGUGUUGGGAACUGGUGACAAGCGGUCACCACAUCCACGGGGCUGGUGCUGCCACCUUGACCAACGUUCCUGGCACUGCCACAGCAGCAGGGCCACAGGUGGCUGGAUGGGGAGGAUGGAUCUGGGGUUGCUUGGCUGGUAGUGUUGCCUCAGGGCAGCACUGAAGCUGUGGGGCAGCAGCUCCAGCUGGCAAGUAUGAGAGACGCUGUCUGGGGAGCAGGGUGGGAAGCAGACCAAGGAUUUUCUUCAACUCUGUUUAAAUCCAUCAGGGAAGCAGCUGAGGCAGGGGUUAACCUGCCCUGCAACCUGUGCUCCUCACAGCAUAGGUGUCCAGCAGCAACAACAGAGAUUAACAGCAUUUUCACGGUUCCCUGCUCCAGGAACCCUCUUAACCCGAGGCUCAGGAGGCAUUUGUGCCAGCAGGGUGGAGCAGCCAGGGCCACACGUGGUCACCCCGGGCCAUCCCAGGGGCCCCUCAGGGGCAGUUCUGCAGCCUCUGCGUCAGUUUUCCCCUUGGAGCUUUUGAUCCAUGACCUGCCCUGUGAAUUUUGUCAAGCCCUUUAAGUUAAGUUGAUGACAGAGACAGGUGUAAAAAUAGUUUCUUAGUAGCUGACCUGUGUGCAGGGAUUUUUCCUGGCCACCACCACCACGGGAGCCCCGUGACCCAUCGGUGGGGGGACCCUGCAAGGGGAGAGGGGUGGCAGCCAAGCAGUGAGAAGACAGCUCUGCAGAAACCCAGCAACGGCGGGAGCUGCUGAGGCCGAGGGACAGAGGGGACAGCCCAGCCGAGCAGAACCCGACCCCAUGGGCUCCCGGCACUUCCCUGCCCGGACCGUGCUCUUUGAGAGGGAAUCCAAUGGUGUCACGUACCGCGUGCCCGCCCUGCUCUACCUGCCCUGUGUGGCCAAGCUGCUGGCGUUCGCCGAGGAGCGGCUCAGCGCCGACGACGCCCACGCCAACCUGCUGGUGCUGCGCCGCGGCACCAUCUACGGCAGCUACGUGGAGUGGGAAGACAUGCGCGUGCUGGAGACGGCGACGCUGCAGCACCACCGGUCGAUGAACCCCUGCCCACUCUAUGAUGAAUUCACAGGCACCCUCUUCCUCUUCUUCAUCACGGUGCUGGGCAGGACGCCCGAAGCCUACCAGAUUGUCACUGGCCAGAACGUCACCCGCCUCUGCUGCGUCACCAGCGCCGACCAGGGCCUGAGCUGGAGCACAGCCACAGACCUGACACAGCAGGUCAUUGGUGCAGCCAUCAAAGACUGGGCGACGUUCGCGCUGGGCCCUGGGCACGGGAUCCAGCUGCGCUCCGGCCGGCUGCUGGUGCCCGCCUACAGCUACCACAUCGACUGCAAGGAGUGCUUCGGGCAGCUCUGCAAGACCACCCCGCACUCCUUCGCCUUCUACAGCGACGACCACGGCCACGGCUGGCGCUUCGGGGAGUUCAUCCCCAACCUGCAGACGGGCGAGUGCCAGCUGGUCUCGGUGGAUGAGGAGGAUGGAUCCAACGUCCUGUACUGCAACGCCCGCAGCCCGUUGGGCUUCAGGGUCCAGGCGCUCAGCACGGAUGACGGGGCCGUCUUCCACAGGGGGCAGCUGGUCCAGCGGCUGGUCGAGCCCCCCCAUGGCUGUCAUGGCAGUGUCAUCGGCUUCCCAGCACCAUUUGUGUAUGUCCCCACCAUCUCCCAGGACUCUGUGUUGCCCCUCCGGGGCUCAGCUCGACGGCUGCUCCCCGGAAUGUUCCAGGGGUUUCGGUACCUGCCCACCUGGAAGGCAGCAGGUGAUGAGCUGCCCACUGUGGCCACUGGCAGCCACCACGAGCCAGACGAGCCCGAUGAGGACUGUCCUACCCCAGGGCAUCACCAACAAGCCCACAGUGUCACCUUGGCCCAGGGGGACCCUGUGGCAACCCGCAGCCCCACUCCCUUCUUCCAAGCACCGACAUGGAUCCUCUACUCCCACCCCACCAGCUCCAUGUCACGGGUCAACAUGGGGGUUCACCUGAGCACCUUCCCCAGGGAUGCAGAGAGCUGGACAGAGCCCUGGGUCAUCUAUGAGGGCCCGAGCGCUUACUCAGACCUGGCUUACAUGGAGCUGCCCUACACGGAGGCCCCGGUGGCCGGUGGCACAGCCAUCGCCUUCGCCUGCCUCUACGAGAACGGGACGAGGUCGCCCUACGAGCAGAUCUCCUUCAGCAUGUUCACGCUGCACGAUGUGCUCCAGAACAUCCCCGUGACAGCCACUGCUCCCCGCCAGGGCCGCAGCCCCCGGCGCCGCGGGAAGCGGGGCCGAAGGAGCUGCCCCGUGUCCUAGUGCCCCCCCGGGCCAGCUCCCCCCACCCCCCCAGUGCCAGAUCCCGGGACAUCAACCCAUAGCCUGGGGUCCCACCCCCCCCCGUCCAGCACGGCCACAUCACGCAGAGCAGUGUUACCAUCCCCCGGCUGGAUUUGAUCUCACUUUUAUUGUUAUUUUUUUAUUAUGUAUCGGUUGGUGGGGAGGCUUGUGCGCCCCGCACAGCCCCCGGCUCCUUUCCAGCAAGAGCCACCUCAUGAAACAGAUGCUGGGGGCAACAGCAAUGCCAAAAGGAGGCAGCUGGGGGCACCCUGUGCCAUCCCUGUGUGCUGGGACAGGGGGACACGGUGCUCCAGCUGUGCCACAUCUGGUACCACCCCCCUGCUCCGGGGGUUUCCCUCCCCUUGUUAUAAAUAGUUAUGUUAUAUAAAUGUUUUAUAUGUUAUAUAAAUGUUUCAUGUUAUAUAACAUUAAAUCAUUCCUUAUGCAUGAAAAGGCUUUUUCUCAGUGGUCUCCUGAAGUCACUGUGAGGGUUUGGGCUGGAGUAGAGUUCAGUUCCUUCAUCACAGCUGGGAUAGGGCUGGGUUUUGGAUUUGGGCUGACAAUAAAGAGAUGUUUGUGUUGCAUCACUUGUCUGCCUUGGGUUCUAUUUCUAUCUCUUUAUUAUUUUCCUUUACAUUACAAUUUAUUAUUAUUAUUUCAAUUAUUAAACUGCU